UGCCGCUAAACGGCUAGCUAAACCAUGGCAAGUUGACAAAUCGACGUUGUGUGCUGUGUUCGAUCAAGGUGUUUUGUAGCUGCGCGGUCGAUACAUUGUCAGUGAGAUCUGUGGUUGGCACUUCAACUGGUGACAAACACAACUUGUGAUGGACCCGACUGGUUUGUCGAGACGCUCACGAUGUCAACGCCGGUUACCGAAAGCUGCGAGUGAAGAACUGUUUUGACGGACCAGCUGUGUGAUAUUUGCAAUCGCGAACAGAUAAUGACCCGGGUUACGAAUUCCCGCCGCAACUUCGCCAAGUCCGGCGCAAGUAAAGCUGUGAUACCGACGGAUGACAGGGCAGGACUGAACCAGGAGGGGCCAUCAAGCCUAGCACGACACAUCCAGCUGCCCGAGCUACCCGUGGACGGUGAUCUUGCAUUCGAGGCACAAGCAGCACUCUUUGCGGUAGUGUUACUGGUGUGCCAGCAGCUGCAGUUGCAUAGGGCUGCCUGGUGGCUGCCGCAUGCGCACCAAGACCAGGCGUUGCACUAUGAACUGGUGGAGCCGCAUGCAGCUGCUCUGAGCCUCGCAAUCAUGUGCCACCCACUGCCAGCGGCCUUGGCCAAGCGAGUUCUGGCCGCACUGCUACCCGGCAGCUGGGAGCCGCGUGUGACGGCUGUGUGCCAAGGGGCCACAUUGGUGGCCACAGCCGGACUUGUGGCUUGGGCUGCAUUCCAUGUGUGCUGCAAGCAUGGUGUUUUCAGCGUCCUGUGCCUUGCCUACCCGGGUGUUAUUCACGUAGUGCUGUUCGGUCCCCGGCCAGGACUAAUACGCGAGUGGCCUACGCCUGUGGCACAUGUAUGUUCCUCAGUGCCAGCUGAAGUGAGGGCCGAGGUUGAACGCCACAAGCAUGACUUCAACGAACGACUCAAGCGCUGCCUUUUCCAGGUAUGUUCUCCAAGGGCCCACAGG